AUGGACCAACCGACAUCUACGUCUGCCUCUACGGCAGCCUCUGCCUCCCCCAACAUCGAGCAACUUCUCUCGCGAUGGCCCGUAGCCAGUACACUGAGCCAUCAUCUCCCAGUAGGCGAUCUGAUCGUGGUUUCUCGACUGAGCAUGACACUUCGGGCUCUUCUGCACGGUUUCGAACUACCGCCGACAACCGCAGAGACACCCAACUCAGUACGUCCAGAACUACACAUCGGCCACCACGGCACCGUCUACUGGCAACGGCUCAAGGACCGGGCCCCCUUCGAAUGCUCUUCCCGAACGCACACGAAAGGCCCCGCACCCAAGCCGUGUCGAUACUGCUCGCGCCCGAUCUGUGACGCCUGCAUCGUCCGGGACUCGCUGUUCAAAGGCCACGAGAACACCUUCCCGAACCGGGUGCGGUACCUCUGCAAGCAAUGCUGGGAAUCAGGCAACGAUAGCCAGACGUGCCGGUAUCCGCUUGACGUUACGCCAGGGUCGGAUCAUUCCUCUGGAUCUCCUCCAUCUUCAUCUUCGUCUUCGUCUUCCUUGAACCGAAAACAAUGGUACGACCCGUCAGGCUCGACACGCGAUUACUGCACCUGCACCCUCAAAACGGACGGCAUUCUCUGUCUCGAGUGCAAGGACGCCCAGAACCGCUCGGCAGUCUCCAGUUCCACUUCUACACCUUCGAGCGAAACACGAUGCCACGGCCAAUCCUGCACCAACACACUCACCGCGGAGGACAUAGACCGGCGACGCAUCUGCCUAUGGUGCAACAAGGCCCUGCCGCGCCAACUCGGCGGCACGACACGCCACCACUGGACGCAGAAGAUCAUCGAGGCGCGGGCCCGCCACGCCGCGUCCCGGUCCGCGGACGUGGAGGAAUGGAACCGCAAGCGGCUGCGCGAGCGUACAAUGUCACGACGCGAGAUGCGCGGCGACGACGCCGUCCGGGACGAUCCCGACGCCGAUGUCCCGCAACUGGUACGCCAUCUCGACACGGUCAACUAUCAGAACUACAUGGCCCCGUCGGCGGCGCCGAGCCCGGACGCCGUCUUCGCGUCCAAGACCGGCUACUGGCGAUAUAGCAGGGACUUCAUGCUGGCUAUGAGAUCACGUUGCGCAAAGGCCGCACCGACACCCCGAGGCGUCUCUCUCAGGGCAGAAACUGCCGGAAAAGACAUGCCAUUCGCCCAGACCAACGCUGAAAAGGCAGCAGACCGGCUUACCCUGGCGGCCGCGAUGCGUAAAAUGCCACGGGACCGUCUCUCGGAAUGGUGUGCUUACAGGGCCGUGAUCAUGGAUUGUCUUCUCGAACAAAACUUGAGUCACGAGGCGACUCGGGAGUUCAUGCAACGAGAACACAACUUUGAGGCCAGCAUCGAGGACUAUGGCGAGGUGAUGCACGUGUGGACCACGCAGGAACGUCGGCGGAAAUCGCUCGAAUGCGAAAUAGGCACCACUACCAAAGGCAGGGGAAAGGGUGCUGCGCUCGAACACGAAUCAGACACAACUACUAAAGGGAGCGGGAAGGGAAAGGGGAAGGGAAAGGGGAAGGAAAAGGCUGCUGCGUCGCUGAAGGGAGAUGACCCCGUCCCGUCUUUCAAGCCUGGUAAGGCGCCGGGCGCCACCGCCUCGUCCGGAAAAGAUGGCCUUGGGCUACACGACAACCGGGCCCAACACAUCGACAUCGACAUCGACUCUGAUAACGACUCGUCUGACGACCCCUCUGCGAGAACGAAUCCCCCCCAAUGUCUACGCAGAAGGCCAUCAGGAGAAGGCGACUCGGGCGCGCGGAUGUAUCAGUCUCGACGACGACGACCACCACCCCAGCGUCGAGGCGACGGAGCUGACGUCCCCGUCGUCCGUGGCAUCGUCGUCGUCGUCGUCGUCGUCGUCGUCAUCGCAACCGACUGCAAUGCUACAGACCGCAUCGACAUCAACACCAUCACCAUCUACCAGAAGCCCGGAUCCAAUACAAUCAGGGUGUCAUGGAGGCCCAACAACAAGGGAUCCCACGCCUAA